AGUAACUGGAUAGACACGUAUUGGUAACUCUCCCACCGUUCAAACCAGAUUACUUUUUAAGCAACAAAAGGGAGGGAUGUUAUCAAGAGCUGCUUCGCCAUAUAGUGCAAUCCAAAUUCCAAAUAGAGUGAAAUUGAACAAUAGCCAUGAAUUAUCCCACUGUUCGCCAAAUUUCUGAAUGUUUUAUUAAACCUCAGUAUGCUUCACAAGACUCCAAGCUUCCCUACUACUUGACGCCAUGGGACCUUGCCAUGCUCUCUGCACAAUACAUCCAAAAGGGUCUUCUUUUUGCUAAACCUCCUGAAGCAAAACAUGAUGAGGAUUUCAUGGCAGAUCUGCUGGAGGGGCUCAAGGAAAGCCUUUCUCUUGCCCUGGUUCAUUUUUACCCACUUGCAGGACGGCUUGCCACUGUUAAAUCUGAAAACCCUGCUUCUUACUGGGUCUUUGUGGACUGCGACAAUAGCCCUGGAGCCAAAUUGAUUUAUGCAGCUUUGGACAUGACCAUAAACGACAUCCUCUCACCGGUUGAUGUGCCUUUGGUUGUUCAAUCAUUUUUCGAUCAUCACAAAGCAGUCAACCAUGACGGUCACACUCUCAGUCUGCUUUCCAUCCAGGUAACUGAGUUAUUGGAUGGCGUCUUCAUUGGGUGUUCUAUGAACCAUGCCAUUGGUGAUGGAACAUCUUAUUGGAAUUUCUUCAACAUGUGGUCUGAGAUUUUCCAAAAAAAAAGGGGUGACUCUGUUAAUGCCAUCUCGCGCCCACCGGUUCUGGAACGCUGGUUUCCUCCUGGUCAUGGCCCCAUAAUCAAUCUCCCUUUUACCCAUCAUGACCAGUUCAUUUGUAGAUUUGAAUCCCCAAAACUCCGAGAGAGAAUGUUUCAUUUUACAUCAGAAUCGAUGGCCAAACUGAAAGCCAAGGCCAAUGCAGAGUGCAAUACCACCAAAAUCUCUUCGUUCCAAGCCUUGUCUGCAUUUGUGUGGAGGGCCAUAACACGGGUUCGUGGUUUGCCGCCUGAUCAAACAACCAGUUGCAGGCUGGCAACAAAUUGCAGACCAAGAUUAAACCCACCUCUGUCUCAGGAAUAUUUUGGAAACUCUAUCGGUUUAACAAAAGGGAUUGCGACGGCUGGUGAAUUGCUUGAACACGAUCUUGGUUGGGCAGCUUGGCAAGUGCACGAGGCCGUGGUUAGCUUCACGCACAAAACGGUGGAAUCAUGGUUAGAUUCAUGGUUAGAGUCUCCUGAAAUAUACCAACUCGAAAAGACUUUUGAUCCAUUCAGUGUGAUGAUGGGAAGCUCACCAAGAUUCAACAAGUAUGGAAAUGAGUUUGGGAUGGGAAAAGCAUUGGCGCUUCGCAGUGGGUAUGCGCACAAGUUUAGUGGGAAAGUGACUUCCUAUCCAGGACCUGAAGGAGGAGGAAGCAUUGAUUUGGAGGUUUGCCUUCCUCCGGAUACAAUGUCUGCUCUUGAAUCUGACAAGGAUUUCAUGGAAGCUGCCUCCACCACGACCUAUCUCAGUAGUCAGUUGGACACAAUUCUGCUUAAUGAAUGAAUUUGCAUUAAUAAUGUUAAAUAAAGUGAAUAGCUUAUCAGCUAGUGUAGGCUCAAACUUUGAUUUUGUACUAUAAUUUCUUGAAUAAUUCAGUGUCCGAAGUCCGCAGAAGACACUUACUGAAGCUGUUUGACCGUCGCAAUCAAAAACCCAAUUGAAAUGUUUUUUUAUUUUAUUAUUA